AUGGGGCGUGGAAUGAGAGGGGGAAGCGUGGAGGGCACAUAUGGGGCGCAUAUUGUGAGGGCGAAGCGCGCAGCGCACUCUUCUCUUGAAAACCCCCCGGUCUGUAAGGGCCUUUGCCCCCCACCCUCUCUUCAGUUUCCCCCCUGCACGCUUCUAUUUCCCUUCCCCCCCCCCUCGCUCUCCUCAGUUUUCCCACUGCACUCUUCCGUUUCCCUUCCCCCCCCCCCCCCCCGCUCUCCUCAGUUUCCCCACUGCACUCUUCCGUUUCCCUUACCCCCCCCCCACUCUCCUCAGUUUCCCCACUGCACUCUUCCGUUUUCCUUCCCCCCCCCGCCCUGCUCUCCUCAGUUUCCCCACUGCACUCUUCUGUUUCCCUCCCCUCCCCCCCCCGCCCCGCUCUCCUCAGUUUCCCUACUGCACUCUUCUGUUUCCCUUCCCCCCCCCCCGCUCUCCUCAAAUUCCCCACUGCACUCUUCCGUUUCCCUUCCCCCCCCCCCCCCCCCCCGCUCUCCUCAGUUUCCCCACUGCACUCUUCCGUUUUCCUCCCCCCCCCCCCGCUCUCCUCAGUUUCCCCACUGCACUCUUCCGUUUCCCUUUCCCCCCUCGCUCUCCUCAGUUUCCCCACUGCACUCUUCCGUUUUCCUUCCCCCCCCCCCCGCUCUCCUCAGUUUCCCCACUGCACCCUUCUGCUUCCCUUCCCCCCCCCCCCGCUCUCCUCAGUUUCCUCACUGCACGCUUCCGUUUCCUUUCCUCCGGCUCUCUUCAGUUCCCCCCCCGCUUUCUUCAGUUCCCCCCCCCGCUCUCUUCAUUCUCCCCCCUGCUUUCUUCAUCUUCCCCCUACUUUCUUCAUCUUCCCCUUGCUCUCUUCAGUUUCCCCCGGUUCCCCCCCCCGCUCUCUUCAUUCUCCCCCCUGCUUUCUUCAUCUUCCAUCUGCUUUCUUGA